ACCUUCAGCUCCACUUGAUGUAGACAUCGCACUCACACAGUUGUCAUCACAGCCGCCUGAUGUGUGUCACCAUGGAGGCAGCUUUCCCGUGUUUCUCUUUUCUAAUAAUAUUUAGUUUAAACAAGCAAGUGUUUCCUUCUUGUAACACAGGUGAAAAGCUGAACGUCGCAGAGACAUUAUUUCAAAAGGAAGGCAGUUUUUUAAAUAUUACUUAUCUUCUUAAUGUUAGUGAAAACUCAGUAUCUACAGAGAAAUCACAUUUCUAUGUUGACGUGUGCCAAAGUAACACCAGAUCACUUCUGUGCAAAUUUAUAAGGCUAGAGCAGUCUCGGAACUUCACUGUGAAAUAUGGUGAUGUUGGAGACACACUGUGUGUACCAGAGCGUCGCUACUUCACCAGCUCCAUGAUGACCUGGGAGAUGAAGAUUUCACAGCUGUUCACUCGGUCCAUCACUGCUAUAUAUCUCUACAUUGAGAGUAAAACUCUACACAGACAGACAGUGCUGAUACCCAUUGAUGUAAAAUACCCAUCCAAGGUCACAAAUCUGACCGUAGACGGACAAGAAGUGAACAGUACUCAUCUCAUUAAGGAGGGUGAAGUCAACGUCUGCUGCUUUUUUAAGAGAGGAAAUCCUCCUGUUGUCUUCAAACUCUUAGACAUAAAUGGAAUGGAAAUUGCUGAUAAAGUGGACAAAAACACAAUGCAAACUAAGAGUGGUGAAGAGCAUCUGAAGGUUUCCCUGUCAGUCAGGUGUCAAGACGACUGGCCGACAGUUCGUUGUGAAGGAAGCGGGUCGGAAAGAAAUAGAUCGGUGUCCUUUCUUGUGAGAUGUGCUCCUCGGUUUAUUGACGGUCCUGUCACACUUAUAUCUUCAGAAUUCGAGAAAGUAACUUUACAUGUAAAGGCACACACAACCAUAUUCAAGGAAUGUUUCCUAACACCGACUCCGUCACAGGAUACAUUCAUACCGAAGGUGAAGUGCAACCUGAGUGGAGAGCCUCCUAAUCUGGUGUUGACGCUUCAUCCGGAAGAAAACAUUUACCAAGGAAUCUGGGAAAUAACUCUUGGCAAUGAAAUAGGUUAUGACAUUACAACAGUGAACAUCACUGAAUAUUCUAUGUCUGAGACGACAGCCCAGAAUGAAGAAUCAGUGUCUGAGACUACAGCCCGGAGUGACGAAUCAGUCGGUGUACUAACAACAAUUGUCCUCUCGUGUGGUUGUGUCUUGCUAGUCGCAGUUAUUGCCGUCGUCGUCGUUCGUAUUAAAAUAAUAACCAAAGAACCCCAGAAAGAAGUAACAGCUGGGCCUACAGAUGAAAGAAGACAGUCAAACGACACCACAGAAGGAGCAACGAUGAUCGUGAACGACAUGUAUGGGACCACUGGAGGAGCUAAUAUCAGACACGAUGUCAGCCAAACCUUCCAUCCUCCCAACAGAGACCUUUCGCUUCCACAGACAGCAUCCAGGGCUCCAGCUCGCCCUCCACGCGCUCAACACGUGCGGGCACGUGACGACAGGAACUCCGCUCAGUCAGACUCUCCUUAUGAUCAUGAAACGUAUGGCCAGACUUACUUGACAUCCGCUGAUGUUUGCAAGAACAAGAAACAACAGAAGAAAGGAGGUGCUGAGGGAGUAAAAGGAGACAUUUAUGCUUCUGUAAGUGCUGUUCGCAAGGAGGAGAAGAAUCAAGCGAUCAAAGACAGAACGACUCCUGUUUAUGAAAUUGAUAACACAACUGAAACCACAGAGUCUAUGGAGAAGGCUUCCCGUCAAAGGGAUGCUAAUGGACUAAUAUAUGGAGACUUAGUUUUCACAGCCGUGAGUUCAGCCAAGCCCGUCGUCCAGCAGGAGACGAAGACAGAGUAUGCCACCAUCGCAAUGACUGCUAUCGUCCCUCCACGAAAUCCCAAAAAAUAAACCAACAGAAAAAAAGACAGACUGGAGCGAUGACUGAUAGAUGUACCUGACAAAAACAGGGUUUAUAAAUAUUUCAUAACUAAUUUUGGCAUUGUUAGUUUUAAAACAAGAGAUAAAGUGAAUGAUGUAGGACCCUGCAGUCUCAGAGUGCAGUUUUGGUGGUCCACUGUGUCAAGUAAAUGGACAGACAAUGUCUCUCCUUUAGCCGUUUUUAUCUUUCAUGAUAAACCAGGGAGUCAGUCUGUGAAGUAUAAAUAACUGUAGUUGUAAGUCUUUCGAAAACAGGAUGGGAGACUGGGGAUGGCAAAGAUCACAGGAAAAUUUCUAGUGUUUCCUGACUGAAUAAUGCAAAUUCUUGUUCAAACGCUGCGUGUCUAAGUAAGAUCACUCAUGUAUACACAUACGCGUCUACAUAAUUAAACGAACAUAGAUAUGCAGGAUGUAUCAGGAUAUAUCAGGUCCCUUCGUCGAACUGUCAUCCGUGAACUGUCUUAACGCGAAAUAGGACCCGAAAAGUGGAAUCGGAAGAGGAUGAGCACGAAUCAUGCUGACAUCUUGUAAAUUAAAUUAAAAACCACGUGAGAGGAACAUAUAGCAUUCAUGAUCUAAGAACUGUGUGUCAUCCCUGGCCAUAGUACAAAGUCUAGUCUUUCCACAGCGAACAAUCAGAUGACCUAAUGGUUGUAUGGUCCUUGUGUUGACCUCUCAGUUUAGUCGUCUUCCUGUUAAUAGUUGUUUUAUUUUAAAACUGACAUAAACAUCUACACAUAUUUAGAAUUAAAGAUGUGUAGCUUAGAUUAUACUGUUUACUCGCGUGUACAUAUAUAUUUGCUAUGUUUAUUUAGUUUUAAUAUAAAUACAUAAAUAAUGUAAUAAUUUAAUGUAAGACUCUCUAUAUUAAUAGACAUAUAGAUGUAUGCAGAAUGCUGAGAUCAUUUUUGCAACACAAAUACUGGGAAGAUAAAGAGGAAUGUGCUUCUUAAUGAGGGGUGACCAGUUUGCCACAGGGUUAGGGUGAUAAUAAGUUUAAAAUAUACACACAUCUAGAUAUGUAUAUAUGGACACACACAUAUAGUCUGUCACUUCGAACCAUAGACGUGCGAUUACCACCAUGACAUUGUCUGCGUGGUCACGUGAUGUCUUUGUACACAACGCACUGUUGAUCUUCUCUAAGAGCACUAACGUGACAUUGCUGUGGUUAUCGUCAUUUCCUUUUCUAAACACUUGAUCCCACUUGCCUUUAUUUCCACGACUUUUUAACUUUUCCUGCCUUUAAAUUUUGCUCUGUGACUAGAAAUUUUUCAGUGUUAUUUUUAUCUUGUCUAUUCUUCUAUUUUGUUCAGUUACGUUCCAUCAGGCAAAUUGGUAAAACAAUAUUACUCGGUUUCUCUGGUGUGACAAAUAUUUUCUGUCAGAAAACUUUUACCAUUCAUAUUAUAAAUCUUACAAAGUAAAAUUGUAAAUUGUAAAACAUUGUAAAUAUAUAUAUAAGAUAUAAUUAUAUACAUUCUUAUCCGCAUCAUCAUCACCAUCAGCAGCAGCAGAAUUUCUUACACUGCAUCAGGUUCUCUCUAAAAGCUACUUAUUGCAGGCACACACACUAACACUCAUAUCAUAAACUUGUAGACAAAACCUAUUUGUUUGUGGCUGUGUAAAGGCCGAAACAUUGUGGGAGUACUGUCAUAGCCAUUGACAUCAUUGUACAUCAUACUUUGAUAGUUUCUUACACUAUAUCAGCUGACUUAUUACAUUGUUUCACAUUGAUUUAUAUGCCCUGUGAUGUGUUUAUAUGUUUAUAUGCCGAUUCCCCCUUGUCACCCAUCUGACUCCAGCAUGUGAACACAUCUUUUUACUAUCGCCAAAAGGGUGUAUAAUCAUACACAAAUUUACAUAACUCCUACUUUCAGUUUUUCAGUAAUACUUUCCAGGAAAGAAAGCUUGCAACUAAGAAGUAUUCUUGGGACAGGACAGAUAUGAUCCUUUAAUUAAGCUUUGAACUAGUAUAUAAAUUAUAUAUACACGUUUUUGGUGUAUUACGGCAUUACAAUUAAGUGAUACUUGUUUGCUUUUGUUUAAUUUUUGUUGUAACAUGUUGUGAAACACUAAUAAUCAUAUGUUAAACUAUCAAGUUUUAAAAUGAUAUGUAAUUUUGAAAACUUAUUUAAAGCAUUUCUUUUUUCCUUAUAAGAGCUGUAAAUGUUGACCCUCAGAAGACACGUCAGAAAACCUUUUCUAAAUUUUUUCAGAUCCAGAUCAGCAAAUAAACAUGUUUACUUUUAUAUAAUAUUUUAAACCAAUACUUUAUAAUAUUACUUUUAGAUAAACUUUAUAUUAGUUUAGUUCUGGUUUAUUCCUUGUUACUCCUCGAGGACCAUAGGGCCGCAAUAAAUUUUAUAUUAUCCUUCAAUUAUUGUCCAAUCAAGAUAAACUUUAAACUUUUUACUAAUUAUGUGAAUUAUUGAACAUACUUUUAGCAAUUAGCCAUUUUUUGUCUUAGAACCAUUUUUUUAAUGUUUUGUGAUCAAUAAGAAAAUAUUUUGUCAGUUCUUGUAGAGGUGGGUUGUUUUGGAGAGACCUAUACAUGAAGGAUUAUGGAGAGACCUAUAGGUUAUGAGGCUUUCUGAUGCAAAAGAAAAAGGAAGGAUGAAAAUUAUUUGCUUAACUUCAGCUGUUUGUGUCAAUGCUAGUGAGGAUUUGAAAGAAGGCACAACACUGAAUAGAUCUCUUAUGUACAGAUAUAUACUUAACCUGAAGUUGUUCUACUUGCAAGAUAAUGCCACAAAGAACAUAACAGUGUUUCUGUGUUUGCUCCAGCUGCAGUGAUGUUUGAGCUCAUACUAUAAAUAGAUUCAUGUCAGGGUAAACUUUUUGUAGCUUAGUCCUGCUAGUGAGUAAUUGGGAAUUCCAGCUAAUGUUUGAGCUCAUACUAUAAAUAUAUUCUUGUCAGGGUCUACUGACUCUACUCAUUGUAGCUUACUCCUGCCGAUGAGUAAUCGGGAAAUCCAGUUCACUGCAAAUAACAUGCAGGUGCACUGCAAUGCGCAUCUUUUGUCCCAGCAGCCUAGAGUGCUGAGAUUUCUGGGAAACAGUUUUGUCCUUGGCCUGAGAGAUAAACAGCUUUUUCUUUGACCCACAGUUGAAUGGUGACUCACAUAUUGUAAACAUUGCAAAUAAAUAGACACAAAGACUAUUCAAAUUUGUACUUUUGUAUAAAAGACUUGUGGUGAAUACUGCUUUGUUUUAUUAUAAGGUAAUAAAAAAAAUAAUAA